GCCCAUUGCAUUCUGGGGCUUGUAGUCCGGAAGUGAAUGGAUGAUUCAUGGGCACGCAGGCGUAGUGCCGCAAACUCCCGGAAGAACACGCUGAGGCUCGCAGGAUGAGCGGGUGGUGGCGGCUGCUGCUGCAGCGGCGGCGCUGACAGGAUACGAGCUCUAUGCUUUUCCGGCUGCUCGUCCCGCUUGGCCUCCUGUGUGCUCUGCUGCCCCUGCACCAUGGUGCACCCGGCCCUGAUGGCACCGCACCCGACCCCGCCCACUACAGGGAACGAGUCAAAGCCAUGUUCUACCACGCCUACGACAGCUACCUGGAGAAUGCCUUUCCCUACGAUGAGCUGCGACCUCUCACCUGUGAUGGGCACGACACCUGGGGCAGUUUUUCUCUGACUCUGAUUGAUGCUCUGGACACCUUGCUGAUUUUGGGGAAUGUCUCAGAAUUCCAAAGAGUGGUUGAAGUGCUCCAGGACAAUGUGGACUUUGAUAUUGACGUGAAUGCCUCUGUGUUUGAAACCAACAUCCGAGUGGUAGGAGGACUUCUUUCGGCUCACCUGCUAUCAAAGAAGGCUGGGGUGGAAGUGGAGGCUGGAUGGCCCUGCUCAGGGCCUCUCCUGAGGAUGGCGGAGGAGGCAGCCCGGAAACUCCUCCCAGCCUUUCAGACCCCCACUGGCAUGCCAUAUGGCACGGUGAAUCUGCUUCACGGCGUGAACCCGGGAGAGACCCCUGUCACCUGUACGGCAGGCAUCGGGACCUUCAUCGUGGAAUUUGCCACCCUCAGCAGCCUCACCGGUGACCCCGUGUUUGAAGACGUGGCCAGAGUGGCCCUGAUGCGCCUCUGGGAGAGCCGGUCGGACAUUGGGCUGGUUGGCAACCACAUCGACGUGCUCACUGGCAAAUGGGUGGCCCAGGAUGCGGGCAUCGGGGCUGGCGUGGACUCCUACUUUGAGUACCUGGUGAAAGGAGCCAUCCUGCUUCAGGAUAAAAAGCUCAUGGCCAUGUUCCUAGAAUAUAACAAAGCCAUUCGGAAUUACACCCGCUUUGAUGACUGGUACCUAUGGGUGCAGAUGUACAAGGGGACUGUGUCCAUGCCAGUCUUCCAGUCUCUGGAGGCAUACUGGCCUGGUCUGCAGAGCCUCAUUGGGGACAUUGACAAUGCCAUGAGGACCUUCCUCAACUACUACACCGUCUGGAAGCAAUUUGGGGGGCUCCCAGAAUUCUACAACAUUCCUCAGGGAUAUACAGUGGAGAAGCGAGAGGGCUACCCGCUUCGGCCAGAACUCAUUGAGAGUGCCAUGUACCUCUACCGUGCCACGGGGGAUCCCACCCUCUUAGAACUCGGGAGAGAUGCUGUGGAAUCCAUCGAGAAAAUCAGCAAGGUGGAGUGUGGAUUUGCCACAAUCAAAGAUCUGCGGGACCACAAGCUUGACAACCGCAUGGAGUCUUUCUUCCUGGCCGAGACUGUGAAAUACCUCUAUCUGCUGUUUGAUCCGACCAACUUUAUCCACAACAACGGCUCCACCUUCGAUGCAGUGAUCACCCCCUAUGGGGAGUGCGUCUUGGGGGCCGGGGGUUAUAUCUUCAACACAGAAGCACACCCCAUCGACCCCGCUGCCCUGCACUGUUGCCGGAGGCUGAAGGAGGAACAGUGGGAAGUGGAAGAUUUGAUGAGGGAAUUCUACUCUCUCAAACGGAAAAGGUCGAGAUUUCAGAAGAAAACUAUGAGCUCCGGGCCAUGGGAACCCCCAGGAGGGCCUGGAACAUUCUCCUCCCCUGAAAACCAUGAGCGGGCAAGGGAAAAGAAGCCUGCCAGACGGCAAAUCCCACUUCUCAGCUGCCCUAGUCAGCCUUUUACCUCGAAGCUGGCAUUACUGGGACAGGUUUUCCUAGAUUCCUCAUAACCACUGGAUGAUAUUUUGUUUUUGAAACUAAACUGUAACAAUAAAUCUGCUUUUGAUGAUCAUGGUUUUCUAUUUUACAAAUUGGGUUGUUUCAUGAGAUUUCAUUCAAAGGUAGGGUGCACAACUAAAAACAAUUGCAAAUCUAGUUUUUCUUUUACAGUUGGAGAAAUAGCUGAACAUAAAGGUAGCUGGCUUCAAAGACCCCAGGGCUUGAUACUUGAAUCUCCCUUCCUUUCAAGGUUCCCAUUUUCUGGAGAGUGUUGUAAAUGUAUUUGUUAGUCCUUUUUGGGGGGGGCAAGGGGAGAGAUUUUCAUAUUUUAUUUUUUAAUUGAAGUAUAGCUGACUUACAAUAUUAUAUAAAUUCCAUAGGGCUUAUAUAGAACUAUAUAAGAACUAUACUGUAUGUAGAAUAUAGUAAAUAGAUACUUUUACACAUUACAAAAUGACCACCACAAAAAGCCUAGUUACCAUCUGUCACCAUACUAAGUUAUUACAGUAUUAUUGACUAUAUUCCUUGUGCUGUAUAUUACAUCCCCAUGACUCACUUAUCUUAUAACUGGAAUUUUGUACCUCUUAAUUUCUGUCAUCUAUUUUAGUCUCCCCCCCCCAACCUCCCCCAUGGCAACCACCAAUUUGUUCUCUGUAUCUAUGAGUCUGUUUCUGUUUUAUUUGUUCAUUUCUUUUGUCUUUUAGGUUCCACAUAUAAGUGAAAUCAUAUGGUAUUUUUCUUUUUCUUUUUUAUAUUUGUCUUUUUCUGACUUAUUUCAUUUAGCAUAAUACUGUCUAGGUCCAUUCAUAUUUUUACAAAGGGCAAGAUUUCAUUCUUUUGUGUGACUAAUAUUCAUAUAUAUAUAUAUAUAUACACACACACACACACAUAUAUACAUCCAUACACACACACAUAUAUACAUCCAUACACACCCCCCCCAUAUCUUCUUUAUCCAUUCGUCUCUUGAUGGACAUUUAGGUUGCUUCUGUAUCUUGACUAUCCUAAGUAAUGCUGCAUUGAAUAUAGGCAUGCAUAUCAGCAUGUAUAUAUCUUUUCAAAUUAGCAUUUUUGUUUUCUUCAAAUAAAUACCCAGAAAUGGAAUUGCUAGAUCUUAAGGGAGUUCUAUUUUGAAUUUUUUGAGAAAUCUUUCAUACUGUUUUCCAUAGUUGCUACAUCAAUUUACAUUCCCACUAACAGUACACAGGGGUUUCCUUUUCUUCACAUCCUUGCCCACAUUUAUUUGUUGUCUUUUUGAUGAUAGCCAUUCUGACAGGUAUGAGGGAAUAUCUCAUUGGGUUUGGUUUGCAUUUCCUGAUGAUUAGUGAUGCUGAGCAUCUUUUCAUGUGUUUGUGUGUUAUCUAUAUGUCUUCUUUAGAAAAAUGCCUAUUCAUAUCUUCUGUCCAUCUUUUAAUUGGGUUGUUUGUUUUCUUGAUGUUGAGUUGAUGUUGGAUAAUUAAUCCCUUAUCAUAUAUAUUGUUUGCAAAUAUCUUUUCCCAUUCAGUAGACAGCCUUUUCAUUUUGUUGAUAGUUUCCUUCUUUGUACAAAAGCUUUUUAGUUUGAUGUAAUCCCAUUUGUUUUUUUUUGCUUUUGUUUCCCUUGCCUGAGACAUAUCCAAAAAAAUAUUGUUAAAACCAAUAUCAAAGAGCAUACUAUGUUUUCUUCUAGGAGCUUUAUGGUUCUAGUCUUAUGUUUAUAUGAUAUGAUAAAGUUCAUUUAUUAUUUCUAA